GCAGCCAAGCAGGUUCUUCCCCAGCCUGAGGCAGGGCGACCGAGGCGCAGGGCAGGGGAACGCGCGUGGAGAAGCCGACCUGCACCGGCGCGCCCUGGCCAUGAAGAGCUCGGGAGGGGGCGGAGGCGCGCGUCUCUUGACCGCGAUCCUCUUCGCCCUGCACUUGCGGUUGGCUGUCGGCGCGUGCCCGUGUCAGGAUCCCGCGCUUUGCAAGCCUAUCUCGAGCCCCAGAGACUUCGAGGUCUUUGUAUUUGAUGUUGGUGGGAAGACGUGGAAAAAUUAUAACUGGUCACUAAUUACAACAGUGGCCACAUUUGGAAAAUAUGAUCCUGAACUUAUGUGUUAUGCUCAUUCAAAAGGAUCCAGAGUAGUUUUGAAAGGAGACAUAUCUGUGAAGAAAAUUAUUGAUCCUGCAAUUAGGGCAGCCUGGAUAAGCCAGCAGGUAGACCUGGCCAAAACACAGUACAUGGACGGAAUCAAUAUUGACAUUGAGCAACAUAUUAACCCAUUUUCAGCUGAAUAUUAUGCAUUAACAGCUUUGGUUAAAGAAACCACAGAUGCUUUUCACAAAGAAAUUCCAGGAUCCCAGGUAACUUUUGAUGUACCUUGGUCUCCUGGAUGUAUAGAUUGGAGAUGUUACAACUAUACUGGGAUUGCUGACUCCUGUGAUUUCCUGUUUGUGAUGUCUUACGAUGAACAGAGUCAAGUGUGGUCACACUGCAUAGCAAGAGCCAAUGCUCCCUUUAACCAAACCUUAGCAGGGUAUGACGAUUACAUUUUCAUGGGCAUUAACCAAAAGAAGUUGGUGAUGGGAGUUCCAUGGUAUGGCUAUGAUUAUACUUGUCAAAAUUUAUCAGAGACUCAUGAGUGCACCAUUCAGAAAAUCCCUUUCCGGGGAGCUCCAUGUAGCGAUGCAGCAGGACGUCAGGUUCCAUAUAAAAUAAUAAUGUCUCAAGUCAAUAGUUCUCUUUCUGGGAUUCUGUGGGAUGAGGAGCAGAAAGCGCCAUAUUUGGAAUAUAAGGAUUCACGUGAUGUUUUUCAUCAAGUAUGGUUUGAUGAUCCCAGGAGUAUUUCUCAGAAAGCUGCCUAUGUGAAAAAACAUGGCCUGAGGGGCAUCGGAAUGUGGAAUGCAGAUUGUCUUGAAUAUUCUGGAAGUUUUGAAAUGCAACAACAGACAGAAGCAAUGUGGGACGCCUUGAUGCCAAAAUAAUGUGUGUGUGUACACUGCCAUUUUAAAUUUAAUGCUGUUUUAAUUAUGCACCAUUGAGUUUUAAUUACACUAUAUUACACUUAAUCUAUUCUUGUCAACAAAUAAAAGUUACAGUGCAUUUAGAAUGUAUUCAAACCCCCUUCACUUUUGUCAAUUUUGUUAUGCUGCAGUCUGAUUCUACAGUUGUUGAAAUUCAUAUUUUUUCUCAUUAAUCUACACUUAGUACCCCAUAAUGACCGUGAAAACAGAAUUUUAUAAAUGUCUGUAAAUUUAUUAAAAAGAAAAAAACUGAAAUAUCACAUUGGCAUAAGUAUUCAGACCUUUCACUCAGUACUUUGUUGAAGCACCUUUGGCAACAAUACAGCCUGGUGUCUUUUUGUGUAUGACACAAUAAGCUUUACACACUGGAUUGGGGGAUUUUCUGCCAUUCUUCCUUGCAAAUCUUCUCAAAUUCAGUCAGGUUGGAUGGCAACCAUCGGUGGACAACCAUUUACAGGUCUCCCAAGAGAUGUUCAAUAUGGUUCAAAUCAGGGCUCUGACUGGGUCACUUUAGGACAGUCACAGAGUUGUCCCUUAGCUAUUCCUGUGUUGUACUGGCUGUGUGCUUAGGAUCAUUGUCAUGUUGGAAAGUGAACCUUUGGCUCAGUCUGAGGUCCUGAGCACUGUGGAACAGGUUUUCAUUGAGGAUAUCCCUGUACUUAGCUCCAUUCAGCUUUCCCUCAACCCAGACCAGUCUCCCAGUCUCUGCUGCUGAAAAACACCCCCACACAUGAUGCUGUCACCUCCAUGCUUCACUGUUGGGAUGGUAUUAGGCAGAGAAUGAGCGGUGCCCAGUUUCCUCAGACAUAACGUUUAGAAUUUAAGCCAAACAGUUCACUCUUGGUUUUCAUCAGACCAGAGAAUCUUGUUCCUCACAGUCAGAGUCCUUCAGGUUCUUUCUUGUGAACUCCAAGUGGUUUUUCAUGUUUUGCACUGAGGAGAGGCUUCCAUCUAGUCACUCUGCCAUAAAGCCCCGAUUGGUGGUGGGCUGCAGUGAUGGUUGUCCUUCCGGAACUCUGUCCCAUCUCCACACAGGAUCUCUGGAGCUCAGUCAGAGUGACCAUUGGGUUCUUGGUCACCUCCCUUACUAAGGCCCUUUUCCCCAGAUUGCUCAGUUUGACAGGGUAACCAGCUUUUGGAAGAGUCCUGGUUGUGCCAAACGUUUUCCAUUUCAGAAUUAUGGACGCCACUGUGCUCUUAGGAACCUUCAGUGCAGCAGAAAUUUUAUUGUAGCCUUUCCCAAAUCUGUGUCUUGCAAUAAUCCUGUCUCUGAUCUCUGUAGACAGUUCCUUUGACCUCAUGUUAUGCUACAGUAUGCAUUGUCAGCUGUGAGGCCUAUUAUAGAGAGGUGUGUGCAUUUUGAAAUCAUGUCCAAUCAAUUUAAUUUUCCAAAGGUGGACUCCAAUUAAGGUGGAAAAAUGUGUCAGCAACUAUCAAAAGAAAUGGGAGGCACUGGAACUAAAUUUCAACUGUUGCUGCAAAGGGUCUGAAUACUUAUGCCAAUUUGAUAUUUCACUUUUUUGUUUUUAAUAAAUUUACAGACAUUUCUAAAAUUCCUUUUUUCACUUUGUCAUUAUGGGGUAUUGAGUGUAGAUUAAUGAGGAAAAAAUGAAUUUCAACAAUUGUAGAAUCAGACUGCAGCAUAACAAAAUUGACAAAAGUGAAGGGGGGUUGAAUACUUUCUGAAUGCAGUGCAAAUUUAACUUUCUUACAAUUGUAUGGUUUCUUCUCUCCAACUAGUCUGGCUUAUUAUAGCCAAUCUAUAUUCUGCUCAAUUAAUAUAACCCAAGAAUUAUGAAAGCUCUAGAAAUAAUUGAAUACGUUUGAAUAAUUGAUUUCUUAUUUCUAAUAAAAGACAAGGGUUCUUUUAUAAUCAUCUUCCAUCUCCAUCCUAAAGUUAUAGCAGAACUGAAACUAAUCUUUCCUAAUUUAAUCUGAUUUCUAAUCCAAACUAGCCAAGAUGUGAAGCGAGGGAGAAGACUGAAUAACAAGCACCAGAAGUGUGAUGGGAAACAUGAACAAUAAGACAAAAACUCUUCCAUUGAUCUUAAUUUAGCCAUCACUAUUGUAUUCUCAAAGGCCUGAAUUCUACUAUGUUGAAGAAAACUCAACUCUCCCAAUCCAGAAGGAUUUCCCAGCUAGACAAGCCCCAACCAGAUCAAAAGGAAUAGCAAUCUAAUUUCUGUAGAUUUUUUAUGGAGUGACUUAAACAGCUCUCUGAUGCUAUUUCUUUUAGUACUAUUGCCUAUCAUAUCAGUAGUCAAAAAUAGUAAGCAGAGGACAUCACUUUGAGGCUGUUUAGAGUCUAUCAUCUCCCCCCCUCUUUUUUAAAAAAAAAACUCAGAUGGUAAUCUGAAAGAUUGGAGUGGCAAAAGAUAAAAGCUUUUCUUUGAACAGAUGUCCAAAAUGCAAGGGAGAGAAGAAUAUUAAUGGUUAUUGUACUUCUUUAUGCCUUAAAGUCAGCCUUGCUUCUGACAACUAAAUGCUGGAGAAGGGUUUGAAUCUCCUGAUUGAGUAGGAGGUUGGACUGGAAGACAUCCAAGGUCCCUUCCAACCUAUUCUAUUCUAUUCUAUUCUAUUCUAUUCUAUUCUAUUCUAUUCUAUUCUAUUCUAUUCUAUUCUAUUCUAUUCUCCCAUCCCAUCCCAUCCCAUCCCAUCCCUAUCCCUAUCCCUAUCCCUAUCCCUAUCCCUAUCCUCUAUGUGGUGGAGAAGUCCGUGCAGGGUUUUUUGGGGGGACAUUUGCCAUAAAUUGCUUGUCCUUUGUGCUCAAGUCCGGAUUAGAACUCAGUCUCCCAUUUUCUAGCCUUGUGUCUUAAUCAUUACACCAAAUCAACUUUCAUUUUUUAUAAUUAAAAAAUAAUUAAAUGAACAAAAAUGUUAUGUUGUACUUCCUCUCAAUGCCUUCUUUUACAUAAGUUUACACUGAAUUAUAAUGCAGUAUAAUAAUAUUGUAUUAUAGUAUAUAUUGUAUUAUAAAAUAAUAUAAAAUCCUUGCAGAUUAACUGAAGUACCUGAUUGUAUUUUCUGCAGUCUGAAGUAGAGGCUUUCUCUAAGUUUAAAGUUAUAUAUCCCUAGAAAGCAAAAGAUAGAAAGGUGUUACUUGAGGCAAAUGAAGUUCACAUAAUAAAAAACUAUAUACAAUUUUCUGCAAACCAAA